AUGGGUAUUUGCACCUCCAAACCCUCCCCAAACUCUCACACUUCAUCUCCCAAAUCCGAUUCUCCACAGACCAAGGCAAGCUCUGUUAAGCAACCGGACGCCUCCGCCAAUGGCGAAAACCCUCGAGAUGACAAGCAUGAAGCGGAGAACGUAAAGAAGUCGCCGUUUUUCCCGUUCUACAGUCCGAGCCCGGCGCACUACUUCUUCUCCAAGAAGUCUCCGGCGAGAUCUCCGGCGAAUGUGAGCUCCAACUCGACGCCCAAGCGGUUCUUCAGGCGGCCAUUCCCGCCGCCGUCGCCGGCGAAGCAUAUAAGGGCGGUUCUGUUGAGGAGGCAUGGGUCCGUGAAGCCGAAUGAGGCGGCGAUACCGGAGGGGAGCGAGGCUGAGGCUGCGACGGGGCUCGAUAAGAGCUUUGGGUUCUCCAAGCAUUUUGGGAACAAGUAUGAGCUUGGCGAAGAGGUUGGGAGAGGGCAUUUUGGGUACACUUGCAAAGCUACGUUUAAGAAGGGCGAGCUCAAGGGCCAACAGGCCGCUGUCAAAGUCAUCCCCAAAGCCAAGAUGACUACUGCUAUUGCCAUUGAGGAUGUGAGAAGGGAGGUGAAGAUAUUGAAAGCUUUGACCGGACAUAACAAUCUAGUAAAAUUCCAUGAUGCUUUUGAAGACCAUGAUAAUGUCUACAUAGUAAUGGAAUUAUGUGAAGGAGGGGAGCUCUUAGAUAGGAUACUUGCAAGGGGUGGGAAAUACACGGAGGAUGAUGCAAGGACCGUCAUGAUACAAAUAUUAAAUGUUGUUGCGUUUUGCCACCUUCAAGGCGUGGUGCAUCGGGAUCUUAAACCUGAGAAUUUUCUGUUUUCGUCGAAGGAUGAGGAUUCACAGUUGAAGGCUAUAGACUUUGGCUUGUCAGAUUUUGUCAAACCAGAUGAAAGGCUUAAUGACAUUGUUGGUAGUGCGUACUACGUAGCCCCUGAAGUUCUACAUAGAUCUUAUGCUACUGAGGCUGAUGUCUGGAGUGUAGGUGUGAUUGCAUACAUUCUUUUGUGUGGCAGCCGUCCAUUUUGGGCUCGAACUGAGUCCGGCAUCUUUCGGGCUGUUCUAAAAGCUGAUCCAAGUUUUGAUGAACCACCUUGGCCAUCUCUGUCUGCAGAGGCAAGAGAUUUUGUCAAGCGCCUAUUAAAUAAGGAUCCACGGAAAAGAAUGACUGCUGCUCAAGCCCUAAGUCAUCCCUGGCUUAAAAACUCUAAUGAGGUUAAAGUUCCUCUGGAUAUAUUAAUAUUCAAACUCAUGAAGGUUUAUAUGCGUUCAUCAGCUCUCCGAAAAGCUGCUUUAAGGUCGCUUUCCAAAACGUUGACUGUGGACGAGCUUUCUUAUUUGAAGGAGCAGUUUGCACUAUUGGAACCAAAUAAAAAUGGCACAAUAAGCUUAGAAAAUAUUAAAACGGCGUUGAUGAAAAAUGCAACUGAUGCAAUGAAGGAGGCACGAAUUGCUGAUUUUCUAGCAUCGCUUAAUGCAUUGCAAUACAGAAGGAUGGAUUUUGAGGAAUUUUGUACAGCUUCACUAAGUGUCCACCAACUUGAGGCACUUGAUCGAUGGGAGCAACAUGCUCGUUGUGCCUAUGAGCUGUUUGAGAAGGAUGGCAACAGGGCUAUUGUUAUUGAGGAACUGGCAUCGGAACUUGGCCUCAGCCCUUCCGUCCCAGUUCAUGCAGUUCUCCACGAUUGGAUUAGGCACACUGAUGGAAAGCUUAGUUUCCUUGGAUUUGUCAAAUUGUUGCAUGGGGUUUCUAGCCGAACUGUACCAAAAGCUCAAUGA